UUUUUCUGGCACAAAGGCAUUUCAACUUUGGGUGAUAAUGGAAGCGUCAAGCAAAAAUUGAGAAGACAGGACGGAAGAGAGAGCUGGCUCACUCCAUUCUCUAAAGAGAAUAUCGAACGAGAUGGGCUUCGUGGCGGGAAGCUCUUGCUUCUUACAUUCUUCGCUAUAUCAAUUUCCCUUGCCUUCGUCUUCUUCCUCGUCUCAAUCUUAUUCUUGGGCAAGAAAUGCACACGCUAAGAAAAGGUUCAGAGCUCCAAUGGCGUGUUUGCGUCAAGAAAGUCCAAAUGAGAGCGGGUUUUGCAAUAAGAGGACAGUUAUCUUCAUGGGUAUCGCGGUUCUUCCAUUGCUGGGAUUCAAAGCCAGAGCUAUUGAAGGGCUGGUCACAAAAGAAAGUGAAGCGAAGACACCAGAGGACAGCCAAAAAGCAGAGACAGCGCAGCAAAGUGACAGACCACCAAAUCCCUUUUUGUCUUUCCUGAAUGCAUUUGGAAUAAUUUCUUCUGGUGUUUUGGGCGCUCUCUAUGCGUUGGCUCAGCAAGAAAGCGCCAGUGCUCGCUCAACAGUAGAGACGAUGAACAGAAAACUAAAGGAUAAGGAAGAGCUGAUUGUAUCCUUGAAAAAGGACUAUGAUUUGAAGUUACAGAAUGAGCAGCAGGAACGAUCCAAGCAGCUUGGUAAAGCAAAGGAAGAGCAGCAAGCUUUGAUGAAUGAAAUAAAUUUAGCAAACAACACUGCCGCUCGCUUAGGCAAGGAAUUGAAAAAUGAGAAAAGUCUAGUUGAAGAGCUGAAACUCCAAAUAGAAAACCUUAGAACUGAGCUUUCAAAAACUGAUGCAGACAAGGAAGGCCUUGAAAAAGGUUUGCAAGAAAAGAUAGAUUCUAUUGAAAUCUUACAAGAGAGGAUUAAUCUGCUGAGUUCAGAGCUCAAGGAGAAAGAAGAUGUUGCUCAGAAUCUCAGUUCAUCGCUUGCAGAAAAGGAGUUGGAAUUGACGAAUUUGAAUUCUGCCUAUAAUCAAACCAAGGAUGACGUAUCCUGUCUUCAUUUGCAAAUUCAAGGGUUGAAAGAUGAACUACAGAAGCGUCAAGAGGGUCUCGAAGCCAAAGAUUCUUUGGUGAAUGAACUCAAUGCUAAAAUAAGUUCAUUGACUCUUGCGAUGGAUGAUUCUAGGAAAAAAUUUAGUGUCCUGGAGGAAGAAUACAAUGGCCUUAAGUUGAAUGCUGAAAAGAAGGCUGCUUUAGAUGCUAAGAUUUUAAGGGAAACAGAAGGAGAGCUUCAUCAACUAAAUGAAAACCUACAACUUGCGCUUAAUGAAGCAAAGAAAAACCAAGCUAUAAUUUCUGAUUUGACCCAAGAAAGGGAUAGUUUAGAUGAGUCUCUCAAGAAGGAAUCACAAACGGUGAGUAAUUUGAAGCGUGAACUGCAAAUCACACAGGAGAAUCUUGGAAAAUCAAGGAAUGAGGCUGCUGAAUUGGAAAAACGUUUAAAAGAGUCCAGUGUACUGAACUCUGAGCUGAAGGUUGAGGUCUCUGAGCUUUCAGCUCAGCUCAUUGAAGUUAAAAGGUCAGUACAGAAGAGCCUUGAUGAUGCCAAACUCGGUGCAGAAACACUAGCCGGUGAGCUUAGGACAGCGAAUGAACAUCUACAGGAAAGACAGCUUGAGUUGCAAAGUAAGACCAAUGAACUUACAACUGCUCUUGAAAGCUGUGAUAGCUUACAGAGAGAGUUGGUUGAUGUCUACAAAAAGGCUGAAACUGCAGCAGAGAACUUGAAAGAAGAGAGAAAAUUAGUCACUUCUUUAAAUGCUAACCUACAAUCUUUGGAGCAGCAAGUCACAAAGAACAAAGAGGUUCAAAGAUCACUUGAGCAGGACCUAGAGGAGGCGACGAAAUCACUCGAUGAAAUGAACCGAAAUGCACUGAUCCUUUCCGGUGAAUAUGAGAAGGCAAAAUCUCUUAUUUCAAGCCUUGAAAAUGAGAAAGAGGUGCUUCAAAAGUCCCUUGCAGAGCAGAGAAUUGCACAAAAAGAAGCCCAAGAGAACACUGAAGAUGCUCAUGUCAUCAUCAUGCGACUUGGGAAGGAGAGAGAGACCUUAGAGAACAGGAGCAAGAAACUUGAGGAGGAAUUGGCUUCAGCCAAGGGUGAGAUAUUGCGGUUAAGGAAUCAAAUAAAUUCUUCAAAAGUUAUUGUUAAUGAUGAGCCAGUGGAGAAUAAUAAGAGUGAAAACAAGGACAACGUCACUGUAAAUGCACGAAAGAAUUUGAGGAGAAGAAGGGCUAAUCCGCAGUGAUAUAAGGAAUCUAAGUAGCCGUAAUCCCCCCCCCCCCAAAAAAAAAAAAAAAUUGCAGGGCAGACUCAUGAUGUAAUAUUUUCCCUUGAGAAGCCGGUUAAUGUUGCACUCAAGUCAAUUCCCUUGGGGGUAUAUUACAAUGCAUUCCCUAUAAUCAUCCAAAAUAAAUUUUCUCCCUUUAGUUUGAA